UCACUCCUGCACGUACGUACGGUUCACCUCUUCGGCUCGUUCUUGGGUAGUACCGCAGCUCCGAAACCAGCGUAGUACCGAUAGUUGGAGACCGGAGAGCGCCACGGUGCAUUUUAGUUAUCGUUCGGUACUUGAUUGUCGCGUUUGUGACGAAGACGUCAGGAAGUCUUAGUUUUGCGUUUCGUAGAUUUAAAUUUAGAGGUUGAGAUGCCUCAGUGUGUGGUGUGAUUUGUGGUCAGCUUGGAAUAGGUGGAUGGUACUGAGGAGAAGAGUUGCUGGGAUUCGGAUUUCGAGGAUGCGAUCCCUUGAGAUAUCCACUCCUUGGCCUGAGGAAGAGGAUGAUGUGGAAGUAGAAGAUAUGGAGCUUAGCAAACAUGACGGAAGGGAUGAUCUCACAGAAUCUAGUAGCGAUGAAGCAGUUGGUAGAAAAAGAAGGAAAAACGGAGGUAGCGCAUCUAGUGGUAGUGCGUCAAGUGGUACGACGACGAGGCGAAGGAAAACCUGUAUAAGUGCGAGAGAGAGAAAUUUAAGAAGACUGGAAAGCAAUGAGAGGGAAAGAAUGAGGAUGCACUCGCUCAAUGAUGCCUUCGAGCAACUCAGAGAAGUUAUACCACACAUUAAAAUGGAGAGGAAGCUUUCCAAAAUAGAAACACUAACAUUAGCUAAAAAUUAUAUAAUGGCUCUCACAAACGUCAUUUGUGAAAUGAGAGGCGAAGAAAAACAUUACACAUUCCAAGAUGUAGAAAGUGAUACGAAUAUAGAAUUAGAGCCAACAACGGAAGACAUCAGUAGAGAACAAAAUAACAACUCGAUGUUCCAACAGAACCUAGAAAAUCAACAAGAAAACGAAUCUAUGAAUUCACGUUGAAGUCAAACAAUCAUCGAAAUUAGUAGAAGAAAUUCAUCUUGGAUUCGAAUUUUUCGGUUUUGAUCAGCCAGACAAUUUGUGCUCAUCAAGAUACGCACAUAAAGUUCUUCUUUUUGGAAGUUACGAAAAUGUUUUGGUGGGAAAGUGAUUUUUUUUUGAAAUAUCAAGUUAUGACAACUCUUAAUAUUUCAGAAAUUGUGUUGUAUCAUUAAUUUUUCCUAGGGAACUCAUAUUCAACCAUUAUUGUUAUAUUAUGAUUUUAAAUCCAAUGUCCCUUCAACUUCAUCAUUGUCUUAGAACAUGAGUUUUAUAACGAAAUUGUUGUUCGAAAUCAUUUAAUUCAAAAACUGAUUAAGAGAUACAGUAACUAUCUCAAUUUGAGAGGAUAAUUGAUAAUUGUUCAAUUCAAUAGAGAAUUUUUUAUCUCAAUCGAUUUUUUUCCAGUCAUCUUCUAGUUCAUUUUUCCCAACAAAUCUUAUUGAAAAUUAUUCUGUUGACCUUUUACCAUCAAUUCAAUAUUCACUUAUAGUAUAGGAUUCAUAAAAAUAUAGCUUGAUUGAUGAGAAAUGCCUGACCGAAAAGCUGUUGUUCGUAUUCUUCAAAAUACAAAAUGAAUUGAAAAAAUUAUAAUAUAUCGAUACCAGCCUCGUGUAUCUGUGAAGUUUCUUCCUUAAGAAUAUUUAUUAUUUUGAGAUUCUCGUAGGAUAGUGAUAUAUAUGAAUCUAAAUAUAAAUAUUAUAUAUUUGUAUGAUUUACAACUUUCGCAAAACUAUGAACUUCUUCUGCAUACCUAAGCAACAAGAAAAUUUUUACCAUUUAGCAAAAGAUUUUUACAAAUUUAUUUUUAUAAAACGAUUCAAACCUCAAAUAACAGGAUAAGUUCAAAGUUGACAACCAUUCUCAAAAACCACUGAAUGUGCAUAUCUUCAGGCCUCUUAAGUCGGCCGUAAUCUGAUUCUAAGAUAAGCAAAUGUGAUUUCUAUGUGCUUCUGUGGUGUGUAUUUUAGUUAUAUAGAAUAUAAAAUCAGAGAAGAUGAAGAAGAUUCAGAAGAAACAUCCACUGAAUAACUCCUUAGUUUUGUAGAUAAAUAUGUAUAUAUAGCUAGAUGUAUUGUUAGUUAAUUAGUACGAAAUGACUUGAAAGUAAAACUAUAGUUUGAAGUCGUUUCUAUACCAUUCCUCCUUCAUUCUAACUUACCCAUUUCUUACCUUCGUAAUUUCAAUUACCUUUACAUACACAUUAUUCUAGAAAAGCCUGUUAUACCAGUUUGUACCUUUGAAAGUAUUGUGAAAAGUAUUUUUCAAAAAUCUUUUGAAACAAUCUGUACAUUAUUUACAACAUUCCAUAUCAGUCCAGCCAAUUCUUCGACAUGAAUGUAAUUUACAAUUAAAAUAUGACUGAAUAUAAUUCCUAGUUGGAUAGAAUCAUCUGAACAUCUAGUUCAAAGUGAACAGGAAUUUAGAUUUAAGAAAUACACAAAUCGAGUUACCUUGUAGAGAAGAAACCUUAUUUCUUCCGUUUAUUCUAACCAAGCUAUGCUCAAAGUGGUACUAAAUAAUUCAAAAUGUACAUUUGUUUAUAAUGGGUAAAUAUUUGAAAAUUCAAAUGAUAUGAAAGAGUCUUUUAUUGAUAAACAAAUUGUACAUGGAAAAAUUGAAGCAUAAAGUUCCAAAUGCAAAUGUGAUAUGGUAGAAAACUUGCACAAGUUUUUAGUUAUAUAAAGAAUGUAUAAGUAAUUAUUAUAUUAUAUAUUUUAUGAUGAAUGUAACUGUGUAUUCUUAUAAGAAUAUUAUUGAACGUAUAUUAUAUUAAAGUUUAUGGAACAUGUCGACUAUAAAUAAAGUUAUAAGAUGCAUACUGAA